GAUGCCAAAUCUGAGGAUCGUCCCACUCAGCCAUGGGUCGUCUCUGGAUUCAGUCAUGGACCGGAACACUGUGUGUUCUCCUGAGCUGGGUGUGCUUUGGUCAGAUAGAGGCAGGACCGCAGUACAUGGUCGCCAUACCUGCGGUUGUUGAAGCGGGAGCCACAAACAGAUUCUGCAUCAACCUCAUGCAGCCCAACGAGACUCUGCAGAUGAGAGUCACUCUACAGUCACAUGAGAAAAACACCACCCUCUUCUUAGAUACAACGGACAUUGAUUAUCAGAAAUGUGUCGACUUCAAGGCUCCUGUCGUGGCGGACGAGGCGGUGAAAAUGUUGGAGACUGUGGUCCAGGGAAAAACCUUUUACUCCAGAGAAGUGAGGAAAGUCAAGAUCAAAUCAUACAAACCAGUGACGUUCAUCCAGACGGACAAGCCGCUGUACCUCCCUGGACAGACAGUGCAUUUCCGAGUUGUCUCCAUGGACAUCAAGUUUAGACCCGCUAAACAAAUGUACGGCAUCAUCGAACUGGAGGACUCCAACCGCAAUCGCAUUGGCCAGUGGCUGAACCAAACUGCAAGCGGCACAAUACUGCAGCUCUCAUACGCCUUGAACUCUGAGGCACGUGAAGGUUUCUACCGUCUAGUUGUGAGUACUGCUGACGGGCACAGAACAGAACACAGCUUCAAGGUGGAAAAAUAUGUUCUGCCGAAAUUUGACGUAACGUUAAAAGGAUCCGAUGAAGUCUCUAUCGUUCAGGACAGCUUCAGCUUUGAUGUUUGUGGGAAGUACACAUAUGGACAACCAGUGCCUGGAUCUGCCACGGUGAAAGUGUGUCGCCCUCUGAACCGUUACACGUAUUCAGCUCAUGAUUCAGACCUACUCCAUGACAUAUCUCCACCAUGCCACGAGGAGACAAAGCAGACUGACAAGACUGGCUGUGCUUCGUUCACCUUCCAAAUGUCAACGUUCACCAAACUGGACCAGAAGGCUGUUCAAGAUGAUUUUGAUAUCAGUGCCAAGCUAGAAGAAGAGGGAACAGAAAUAUCUCGGGAAAAAGGCAAAAGACUAAAAAUCUCUUAUGCCGUCGGGAAGUUGUCGUUCAUUGACACACCGACAAUCUUCCACCAAAGGUCGCCUGUUGAGGGAAAAGUAAAGGGCGUCUACUACAACAAUACCCCCAUGGCCAACGUGCCCUUGUACUUGUUUGAGGGUGAAAGGUGGUCUUCACGCCAUCUCCAGAAUCUCACGACUGACCACGAUGGUGUCGCCUCCUUCUCCAUCAGCACAGACGACCGCAAACAGGACUUGCACCUCCAUGUCAGCAGCACACCGUCUCUGGACUAUCCUGGCUACAGAGUUCCAUUCUAUGAGUCAGGAGAACAAACUGUGUCCAUGUUUCGAUCACCUUCCAUGGACACAAAAUCUGUGAGUUCUCUGGAGGUUCAGAAAAAGAAAGAUGAUAUUCCGUGUGACCAGAACACAGAAAUCUCCGUCCACUACACCAUCGCUGGAGAAACACAAGGCUCUGCGACUAUUGUAUACCUGGUGUUAGCCAGAGGAGCCAUUGUCAUGCAAGGAGCUAAGGCGAUUAAGAUUCCAAGUGCACCAGUGGUUAAGGGUGAGAUAACUUUCCCGCUGAGCGUGACCGCAGACAUGGCCCCUGUCGUCCAAGUUGUGGCUUAUACGGUGCUUCCCAGUGAGACGGUGAUAGCUGACAGUGAAGACUUCUCCACACAGAAAUGCUUCAAUAACAAGGCGUCCGUGAAGUUUUCCAUGGUUUCACCUUUACCUGGAGAGCAGGGCAGCCUGCAAAUGAAGGCCCAACCCCACUCACUCUGUGGUGUGAGCGCUGUUGACCAGAGCGUCCUCAUCGAGAGACCCGGGGAGACUUUGGAUGCAGACAAGAUCUUCAACUUGUUGCCUCUCACCAAAGCAAGCCACAUCCCUUAUGAAGUUCAAGACUCUGUGGCCUGUCUACAAGUGAGACCAAAGCGAUCCAUCAUGCCUUUCCCCAACCCAGACAGAGACGAUGCUUUCACAGUGUUCCAGAACGUAGGUCUGAAGAUGGCAACAAAUUUGUUCAUCCAAAUACCUCCUUGUCUGCUGUUUAAAGGAAGAGAGUAUCACCAAGGUCAUGGAAUUCAUAUGCGAUACCAUGCUGCUCCAGAUGGUUUGGCGAUGGACUUGGAAAUGGUUCCUGCAGCUAGUCCGAUGGGUUCUAUUGGAGCUGCUUUCCCAAUCGAAACUGUCCGUACGUUCUUCCCUGAGACAUGGAUAUGGCACUUGGUGGAAGUUGGAGAGUCCGGUAGCGCAGACGUUCCAGUGACAGUCCCAGACACCAUCACCACGUGGGAGACAGAGGCUUUCUGCUUGUCACCUGAGGGUUUUGGCCUGGCUCCUCGCGAAAAGUUGACCGUGUUCCAGCCUUUCUUUGUGGAGCUCUCUCUGCCCUACUCCAUCAUUCGAGGAGAAAACUUCGACCUGAAGGCCACCAUCUUCAACUACAUGGAUAGUUGCAUCAUGAUUAGUGCGUAUCCUUCACCUUCAUUGGAAUACACUGUCACUCCAUACUUGGGAAUCGAGUACACGUCAUGUCUUUGUGGCAACGAGCGCAAGACUCUUCGCUGGGCUUUUGCUGCCAACACUUUGGGACCUGUGAACAUCACAGUCACUGCUGAAGCUGUGACUUCCCAUACUUCCUGCAACAAUGAGAUUGUGCCCGAAAAAGGCCGUAUUGAUGUGGUCACACGGUCCCUCAUUGUUAAGGCUGAGGGAACAGAGAUGACGGAGAACUUCAACUAUCUCCUCUGCCCCAAUGGAGGUGAACUGAAGGAGAAACUGUCUGUUAAACUUCCUGAGAAUGUGAUCGAGGGAUCUGUUCGGGCCAUGGUGUCUGUCCUGGGUGACAUCCUGGGCAGGGCGAUGCAAAACCUGGAUGGUUUGUUGCGGAUGCCGUACGGAUGUGGGGAGCAGAACAUGGCUCUGCUGGCACCAAACAUCUACAUCCUGCAGUACCUGUCAAACACCCAGCAGCUGAAGCCAGACAUCAAGGAAAAAGCCACCAACUUCCUGACCAGCGGAUACCAGAGGCAACUGAACUACAAGCAUCACAACGGUGCAUACAGCACCUUUGGCACUGGAACUGGAAAUACUUGGUUGACUGCAUUUGUGGUGAGAUCUUUCGCCAAAGCAAAGUCUUUCGUCUACAUCGACCCUCAGAAGAUUGAAGAGUCCAAGAAUUGGCUGAAGAGCAUGCAGAAGGAAAAUGGCUGUUUCCAACAGUCUGGAAAACUCUUCAACAACAGGAUGAAGGGUGGAGUGUCUGAUGAAGUGACUCUCAGUGCCUACAUUACUGCUGCUUUCCUGGAGAUAAAUGCCAAAGAGGAUGAGGAGGCUGUGAAGAAGAGCCUCCUGUGCCUGAGGCAGUCCACCCAUGACCACAGCAACACCUACACCACAGCUCUGAUGGCUUACGUCUUCACCUUAGCGGGAGACGUCGAGACUCGCAAUCUGUUGCUCCAACACCUUGACAAGGUCGCUGUCAGGGAGGGUGGUUUCCUCCACUGGGAGCAGGAUGCCACUGACAAAUCAUCCUCUCUGUCUGUGGAGAUAAGCUCCUACGUGCUGCUGGCCAGACUCAGCUCCUCUCCCUCCGCUGAAGAUCUGGGCUACAGCAGCAGCAUCGUCAGGUGGCUGACAAGACAGCAGAACUACUAUGGAGGUUUCUCCUCCACACAGGACACAGUGGUGGCCCUGCAGGCUCUGGCUCUCUACUCAACACUGGUUUUCAGUCCUGCUGGCUCCAGCUCUGUCACCUUCCAGUCUCCUGGAGGAGACUUGCUCUUUGAGGUGAACCAGGACAACAAGCUGCUUUACCAGGAGAAGAUGCUGGAACAUUGGUCAGGACAACACAACCUGGUGGUUAAGGGCACAGCCUGUGCGUCUGCCCAGCUUGCUGUCCAUUACAAUGUCCCGACGCCAGUUAUCCCUUCCACCUUGAGAGUUUCAGUUGAAGUCUUGGAUGAGUCCAACUCACUGAGAUCGAAGCUCAAGCUGAGUCUGACGUCGCUGUAUAAUGGAGAGCAGAAUUCCACCAACAUGGUGAUCAUCGACAUCAAAUUGCUCUCAGGAUUUUCUCCUGCUCCUGAAACUCUGAAGAAUCUGAGACAGGCUCUUCUGGUGGACCGUGUGGAGCAUGAAGAUGACCAUGUCCUGAUCUACUUGGAGGAGCUGCCCAAAGACAUUCCCAUCCACCACAGCCUGCAUAUCAUACAGGACGUGCCAGUUGAGAACCUGAAGCCAGCAGUCGUGAAGAUCUACGACUACUACCAGACAAGUGACGAGUUCAAAACGGAGUAUACUUUCAAACGCGGUUAAACAUCGGGUCCUCCGCCCCUUUGUGCGACUCCACAGAUAAACGCUCUGUAAAUGCAUUGUGAAAUAGUUGGGAAAUAAAAAUCUGUGUCAUCAGUGA